AUGGUCGCCAGAAUCAACCAGGAAAUCGAAAAGAAUAUUUCACGAAAAGGUAUGCAUCGAAAUUGUAGUAUUGGUCGGUUGAAUCAUUUCAAAACUGAAGCUGGAAUCAAAAGUGACGAGGGUUCGCGAAUACUCUGCUGAUCGAGCUUGUAUACACAACAUCAAGACAUAUUUAAUUGUUUAUUGUGGUAAGUACAUACAGAUAUCCCUGAACAUUUCAAUUAUGUUAAUAUUGUUAUAUUUCGUCAUUACAAAACUUUAUUGUGCACUUAUAGCGCUGUGGAAACCCAGACGGAUCAGCAGACAUAUGAAACAAUGCCGCCAUGAGCCAUUGCCACUUUGCAGACAAUGUUCAGCAAGUAUAUGUUCAGUAUAUGUUCAGCAAGUAUAUUUUCAGUAUAUGUUCAGCAAGGGAAACAGUGAUGGAAUCAUGUAAAAAUUCUUACUCCUAAGCAGUACGAAUACAUUAUACAACUUGCAAUGAAGGUAUGUAUAAAUUUUAUGCUUUCCUGGUGAGAAAAAAUAUGACUUUUGGUUUUUAUCGUGAAAUCCAUUUUCUUAUCACAUAUUCAAACAAAUCUUUUGAUCAUUCUGUAGACAUGUUAAGGGCACCACAGUAGCACCUGCUGAUUGAUAUGUUUAGACUUUAGAGCAUUAAUUAGAGCACUUAAAUGUUUUUUUGGAAGCCAAAUUUUGAUUUGAAUGAACAUGCAGUUACUGUAAUAAAAUCAAAAUUUGGCUUGAUUAAGUGCUUUUAAAACACAUUGCUCAGCAGACACUAAUGUGCAUUUAAACAGGAAUAAAACCAAUUAUAAGUCUUCUUUAGGUAUGGGGAUUGGUAUUGGAAGUGAUGACCGAAGGCAAAGUGCCCCUAACAUAGCCCCUGUCCCUCCUCUUUCAGUCAAAGAACUUGUUGAAACCCAUUAGUCUUAAUAUUCAAAUGAUCGCUGUAGAAAACUGCUGGGUAGGUGGAGCUCAUAAUCCCUGAAAGGCAGUCCACCUUGGAAAAGGAAAAUUCUGAUUAUACAAACUCCUGGACCCAACUAGUGGGUCAGGCUGAAGUAAGGAGCAAGGAGUAAUUUUAAAGAAUAAAAAUAUCAACGUCAGUACCAAAUGUUGUGCUGGAACAUCCAAUGCAUUUGAUAACUUGUCUUUUAUAAAAUGAAAUAUUACUAUCCAUAAAGAUUUAACCAAUUAACAUGAUAAAGGCUUCAUUUGUUAGCAGAAUUUGCUGUGUUUAGUAGACAGAGAAAGCUUAAAAUAAGUUUGAAGCAAUUGGGGCUAUAAAGGCUUGACUGCAAUUUUCUUCUUUUGGUGCAUGUGUUAGCGUGAAUAAUCACAACGAAUAUAUGAGCUAAGCCAUGCAAAGUAAUAUUUCCUGUCAUUUUGCUAAAUCACAUAACUGUAUGCCGAAAGGAGAAAAUCGCAGUUUAAAUCGCUUGUGUGAAUGGGCCUUAACAUGCAUGCAGGUGUGAAUUACCCAAGUUCUUUCAAAAUAUUUAAAAUGAUCCUCCCUGUCAUGGGGAGAUAAUUCCAGUAAAAUGGUUUAAUUUAAUGAAAUAAUAAAGUUUUCCUCAAUGAUCAAUAACAUAAUAACAACAUGUGCAACAAAUAUUUGCAAUCUAGCAGGUUGAUACCCAGAGUAUAUCCCAUUUGGAGAAGGAUAUCGUUUCCGUAUUGCUGUAACACAACAGCUUGGAAUCGUUCUCCUGUUCCCACUUCCUUAUCUUUUCAUGUUGCCAGAGUACAUGUUGUUUGUAAGUAGUAUGACGAAAAUUUUCAUUGUUUCUAACAUUUAACACUAAACAGUCUUCCCGGCCCUGUAAUGCAUGGCCAGCUCCAGAACGUUUCCAUCAAGUACUAACUGUGGGGAACAGAGGGGCUAGGGUCAUGCAAGGCUGUAUUGUUUGUGUACAGCAUUUGUUUUCCAAUUGUGUUGGCAUUGCAACACAGCAUCCACAUUCACAACACUCUGGGACAUUUUCUGGGUUUUCCUCUGGGUCUGGUUGAAGCAGUGCACCUGGCAAUUCAUUAUUUACCAAAUCAGCGAAUGUAGCUGGCUGACGCUGUAUAUGGCAUUUAGGCUGACGCUCAUAGGGCAUUUAAAAUUAAAUCCAUUGCUUCCACAAGAUUCUGAAAUGUAAAGAUAUUUAUCACUAAUUAAAUGCAAAGACUCAAGCACAGUGAAACACUGAUAUUUUUUACCACAAAUUCCUCUAUAGACUUGUAUAGACGGGUAAACUCUUCUUACAUAAUUUGAUAUUUUACUUGGCAAGGAUAUGCAUAAUUAUGCAGGGUAUGUAUUAAUAAAACAAAUCAUAUGUGUUAAAGCUUUCAGAAAUGUACUGUCACUCAAAUGUAUGUCUGUGCAUAUUCUUGGCAGGCAAAGUAUUAAACUACAGUAUGUAAACAAAGUUUAUUCAUCUAUUGUUAGAUGAUCAUUAUCCUUCGUUUAGAGUGAACAGUCACAAUGAACAACAUUACAUAUUUUCAAAUGAACAUUGUUCAGGCCAUUUUUUGCGUAAACAAAACAUGUAUAAAUUACAAUGAGCGAAAAUAAUAAGAUUACAUGUACAUGUGUGAAUCACGUUUAUAACGAACAGUAUAACGAACAGUGUCAGUACGUAACUAAUAGCAAUAAUACAAACUCACCGUCUGGUCACUAGCUGUCACGUUCUUGAACCCUUCGAUUGUUCAUACAUGUAUCAAAAUCCUAUUCGUGGCACACGCUUGAGCAAAAACUACCCAUACUUUUGCAAGCUCUCUAUCGAAAACAGAAGCCGCGACAUGAACAUAUCGUCUCCACAUUAGCAGAAAUAUGGGACAAGAUGGAGACGGACAUGCGCACAUUGCCCCCAAUAUGGCGACUAAAUAUUACUAUAAACUAUACAGGGAUUUACAAAAAUGUCAAAUUUUAACCUACUUUGUUUAGAUAUCUCAUGGUUGCGGACUUCGAUAAUAACAACAGCACGAACAAGCAGUAUUUGUAAACCAAAAUCGCUAGCAUUUGUACACGUCUAAGUGGUUCCCGUGAUCAGUGUAUUUUCACUAGUAAUUCGAAGUAUUUGAUAGUGUAAUCUAUAGUAAUCUUGCCAUACAUGAGGUAAAACUCCGCCGAAUAGACCAACAUUCUUUCGCGCGAUGUAAACUGCGGACUUCGCGAUGUAUUUAGCGAUGUUCAAACUGUCAGUAUAGCUUAACAUAUCCCAGGUAAUUCUGCGACAAACCGGUUCCAAAAUCGUUUAAAACUUUGCCUUUUUAUGAGUCUUGCUUAUCGCCAUUAGGUUAUAUUUAUAGUCGAAAACGACAAGUCUAAAUACAAAUUUAGGCUCUUUCGAGCAGCCAUGUUUCUUGUUUACUAGCAAAGCUUGUACCCAGUCCCUCACUUAAGAAAAACAGAGAGAUUUGAGAGAUUUUGUAGCUCGAUUUCGUGUUGAUAUAGCAAUUUGCGUGCGGAUAUUUCGCGGGGUAUUUAAAAUCUCUUUCGCGGUUAAGUCAAAAUGUCGGAAGUGCUCGAAGAAUACAGCAAAAGAAAGUUAGAUUGGAAAUUGAAAGUAAGUUCUGAAGCUCCUCUUACUUAUGUUAGGCAACAAGUGGACUUAUUUAACAAGAUUCUCCUUUGUGUGGAGAUUCCAUGGCCACUGCUUAAUGUAUGGAAAAAUAUUCGCGAAACAACUUCCUGUGAAAAUGUAAAUUAUGUUGACUUAUUUAAUUUAACUGUGCCAGACAAAUGGUUUGCUUUAAAACCCGGUAACCAACGUAUCGAAGAACUACUUCGUAAGGAAUGCAGUGCUGUGAGUGCUGUUUGUCGAAAGACUAAAGGGAGAAAGAGAAAAGUGCUGGAUGACAAAGUGUACAAACUUAGUAUUUUAAGGGGAGAUAUCGAGACGACUGAUUCAUUGAAAACAGAGGUGGAAAUUAUAAACGAAGAAUUUGAGGAGUUUAAAGAAAAGUACAAUGACAUAGAGAAGGAGAAAAACACACUAUAUGAAGAAAUGAUCUUGGAAGUAAAUAAACUGAAACAGGAAGUAUGUGACCUUAAAUAUGUAAACAAGGAGUUAAUGGAUUAUAUUGAUACACUAGAGAAAAAGGACUCCCUGCAAUGUCAGGGAAAUAAAUUCCAAGAUGUUGGUAAGAAACAACAGACAAGGAAGCUUCGGCAUCUUAGAAGUAAGGCAGAGUGUGCAUUGUGGUUUUGUGAAAGCUUUGGCCUCAAACUUUCAAACAUUAAACUGAAAGAUGAUACUGGGGCAAGUCACUCCCUUGAUUACAACUCAUCCCCUGCUGGUGUCUCAGGUUUGAGUCAGGACGACCAAAGUACCAUAGAGAAAGUUCUGUUUUUGUUGGACAAAUUUUGUGUGGGUGAUGAAGUCUAUCACGAGUUGUCGGUUUUGUCAGAAGAUCUCCCAAGGUCAUACCUCAUAAAACAAAAGCGGUCAGCUUUGAACAAGACCUAUCAUAUAGAAAGAACACGUGGGCAAUGUCCUGGAGCAAGAAUAAAUUUCACAUCAACCCUUUCAGAGCAUGUGAAAGAUCUAUUAGCACAAAAACCAGAACUACAAGAAGAAGGCAUUCAAGUAAAGUUAAGUGGGGAUGGCGCUCGAAUGACCCGGUCGACAAAUUUCAUGAUGUUUUCGUUUGCGCUAUUGCAAGAAGAAAAUGUUAUGUCAUCCAAGAGUAACCGCACUGUGGCAAUCAUCAAUGGUAAGGAAGAAUAUGAAACUGUCGCAACAUCAUUAUAUGACUUCUUUCAAGAGGUUAAUUUAUUAAUUGAAAAAGGGACUAUACUUGUUGAUGGAAAAGAAGUAAAAUUAGAAUUCUUUCUGGGUGGGGACUUUAAAUUCCUAGCCAUGAUAAUGGGUCUAAACUCAGCAACAGCCAAUUAUGCUUGUUUAUGGUGUAAAAUUCAUAAAGAAAGCAGAUGGGAUACAAGUAAAUGUUGUAAUUUUUACCAUGAGGUGAAACAAAAGAGAACCUUGGAAGAAAUGAAACACAUGUGUCAGAAAAAGAAUGACAACUUUGGGUGUAUUCACCCCCCCCCCUGAUAAACAUAGACCUUGAUCAUGUGGUUCCGGAUGAAUUACAUCUACCACUAAGAAUAACCGACAGACUGCUGCAAAAUGUUAUUGAUGAGAUUUUGGAACGCGAUUCCAUUGCAGACUUUAACAAGCCGAAAGGCAGUCCAAAGGGCCUUUUACUGCAGCAGUUUGUCAAGGAUGUGAAUGAUCUUGGUGUAACAUUUUCUGUAUGGUACAAAAAGAAUGCUGACGGUUCAAGCAGCAAAAUUCUGGACUACACCAGUUGUGUUGGAGCCCAAAAGAAACUACUUUUAUGCAAACUUCCCUCCAUACUACAUAAAUAUCUAUAUCCAGACACUGCUGCAAUUGUCAGUAAAAUAUGGAGUGAUUUCAAAUUUUAUUAUGACUUCAUAACUGAUAGCAAGUUAGACAGCUCUUCAGCCUAUGAAGCAUUUGAGAAAGCUAAAAAUUGGAUUGAAUUAUUUUGUUCCUUAAGGCAUACCCGACCUGGAUAUACCAGACCAAGAAUUACCCCUUAUAUGCACAUCAUGUGUUACCAUGUGCCUUUCUUUAUUCAGCAAUAUGGUUGUUUUAAAAAGUUUACUGGACAAGGCGUUGAAAAAAAUAACGACGAUGCCAAAAGGGUAUUGUUCCAGAAGUCGAAUAAAUGGGAUGCGGCCAAAGACAUUUUAUUUAUGGAAAGUAGACAGUGGGACCUAAAGGAACAUGAGCGGAACAAAGGUACAUACACCAAGAGGAACAGUGAAUAUUGGAAUGUUGAAAUUAGCAACCAAAGAAAAAAAAGAAAAAUGAUUGAUGCAGUACCUGCCCACCAGGAAGAUGAAUCUGCUGAUGAUACUGCCUCAGGAGACACAGCACUUGCAUUGGUUGCUGCUGAUUACAAAAGUUUUACAGUUAAACAGUUGAGAGAAGAAAUCAAAAGCAAGGGAAUUAAUAUACGAUGA